CAUAUGCAUUAACGCCGCGCAUUAUUUCCUAGGCGUCUCCUAAAUAUUUCGUUUAAAUUAUACGAGGAAUUCAAACAAAUUAAUUACAAAACAACUGGACGCAUACCGCAGAACUUCAAUAUGCCAAGAGUAAGCGAGUCAACAAUGCGCGAAUUGCAUGACAUUUUAAAUGCGGAGAAUCCAGAUGAGAAUCGAUUUAAAGAUUUUCUAAAAAAGAAAACCGCACCGAAGCCGAGAAACAGUCCCAAGUAUGUACUUGGCGGUUGUGAUGUUUCAUUUGAUAUAGACGUCGAUUUCAUCAAACUGCCAGAAAAGAAACAACAGAAACAACAGCAGCAAAAGCAGCAAGAGACUGAGCCACAAGGAGCACAGUUAACACCAAAAAAGCUAGCGCUACGUGAGACGUUUACUAAUGCCAUUAGAGCUAAUGGGAAACACUUAGUGGUUGACUCACAGCCACAGUCAGAAGUACCUAAAUCGCCGACAGAUGACAAUAGAGCUACAGGGCGUUCCCUUAGUGUGUCGCCUGGUGUACUCGACUAUUCUCCUGGUCAACGUAGCGGCGGAGCCGCAAGUGACUCUAAGACAGUGCAUCGUGGGACUUUAAGCAGACGCUCUCAUGUAAUUCGUGGACGACGAGAUCUUCAAGAAGAGUUUAAUACUGAGGUCAAUGUGACACGAAAAACAUCAGGAUCGUUUGAUUUUCUGCCUAAAGUAAGCAGCACGCCUGCUUUAGAGAAACCAGCAAAGCUGCCAAAGCCACAGAUCCCACAAUCCGCAACAGGAACUGAAGCCCUUGAGUCUUCGUCGAAUCAUGCUGAUUUCGAGGGGAGCUUUGAAGAGAGCCUAAUGCAUUCAAGCCAUCGAAGCCCACGAACUAGAUUAGGCAAUCGAGGUACCUUUGUUAAAGAACGGAUAACUGACUCAGAACAACAGCAGAGCUGUAAAAACUCUUCACAGAAUCCAACAGGCGUUGGUCAUCGGGGCACCUUUGAUAUAGAUAAAACACCCGAGCCCGCCAUCAAAGCCAAAAAUAUGGGACAAAAAGCAACGAAAACUUCGUCUUCGACGAUGAAUGGUUCUAUUGGCGGUCGGCAGCCUUACGUGCGUCUGAGACGAGUCCUACCGUAUAUGGAUUUAACACAACUGUCACAGCAAGCUGCGUUCGAUUCGGAGCAAAUUGUGCGUGAAACGCAAUCAUCACCAAUAAAGACAUCAGCUGACGCAUCAGUAUGUCGAUAUAUAACACGACGUCAACAGAAUAAAGAGUCAGAGGCGGAACAUGUGCCUGAAAUACAAGCCCAGGAGUUCACGCCACAAGUAGAAAUGGCAGCUGGAUCAGUAACACCGCCACUAGCUGUUAGUUGUGCCAUACAAACUACCUGCAUUCCGGGCAAUACAGAUGCUACGAAUGAAAACCUAACGUUAGAGGAAAAUGACGUUGAGGAUAUGGAAAAAACAUCUCCGCUCAAUUUAGCGCCUACCGGUGGCAACACAACCAGGCUACGUCACCGACAAAACCUACAAAUCAACCACGAGAAGUCCAUUCAGUUGCUCGAUCUUCAUUGCACGCACAAGAACAAUUCAUCUGAGCAGCGUACCCAGAAAACAACUCAGGCUGCUCUCAACAAGCCACUUCUGCCGGCCAUCAAUGGGGAAGAGUUUGCCGAGGAAUUGGCACGCAUGACCAACCACGAAAUUCUCGAUUUGCGAAAACGCAACUCAUUAGGCAGACUCCACCACCAGCAAGUGUUUACCACGGAACAGCAGCUGGUUUUGGAGCAGAGCAUACAAAUGGAAAUGUUGCGUCGCAAUCUAAACGGUCAGGGUGAUGGCUUACCCAGCAAAGUGAUCGCAACCAGUCCAGAAUUGAAUGCGACUAAGAAUGUUAAGAAUACUCCACCAGAACUAGAUAUGUCGCAGCAUGUACUCAGAAGGAGUGGAACCAUUCAAAGUAAAACAUUGAUUCAGCCAUCGCGACGAUCGCGUUACAAACGCCGAGGUGUACCCAUUACUACAGAGCUGCAGAACUAUAUGGAGCUGCCGAGCGCUAUUGAGAAACGUCUGAAAGUGAACUCCGGGUGCGAUACCAAGCGCAGUCUGUACACAAAGGGCAAUUCAGACACGGAGGAUAAUCGAUCGCUGUCGCCGGUAGCACAACAUUGCAUAACCAAUGCCAGCAUACAAAUUGCACCUGCCCCGCCUCUUCAUUUAAGCAGCGAUGAGGAUUACGAGCAUAUCCCUAUUGUUCCACCUCCACCAAUGUGCUUGAGAUACUCGCGCAAUUUGCGAAGAUCUCAGCUUCAGCCGCAUGAUAAUGUCGAGGAGGGCGAGCAAGAUGAAAAUGUUGCUCCAGAGCAAAGUCGAAACUCUAAUACUAAGAUUAUAGAGGAUAUACAAAUUAUGCCGCCUUCACCAGAGUCUCUUCAACGUUCCCGUCAGUUACGCAGUUCAUCUUUGGAUGAUUCCAUGUCUCAGGAGCAAAUGGCAGAUGCUGAUGGAGAUGUUAUAAAAGAGACUAUGUCAAUUGUAUCGCCUCCACCAGAUGCGACUCAAUUAACGCGUAGGUCAAGAAAAUUUUUGGCUCCACCUUUGGAGGAUAUCAUCGAGGAUGAUGCUGCUGCAGACCGCACACAACGGUCUCAAACAGGCAUAGAAGAUAUACGCAUUGUGCCGCCUUCACCAAUAUCUAUUCGAUACUCACAACGGUUACAAAGCUCUACGCUUAAACAUUCUGAAGAUGUCAUUGAACAGGAGAAACGCGAUAUUGCUGCCCAACACUCACAAAGCUCUCCAGCUGAGAUAGUAGAAAAUUUACGAAUUGCGCCUUCUCCAGACGUCUCCGUUGAACACUUGACAAGAUCUAAGCAGCAGGAAAUCAUCUAUUUGGAUGUGGAGCAGGAGCAAAAGGAAAAAGAUCCACAAGGGUAUCUUCCAGCGGUUACGGAAUUGGAUGAUAUGAUGCUGCCGUUGAUCCAAGACAACGGUAGUAGCUAUAUGGAGGAACUGCGUGUGCAAACACCAACACCACCAUCAUCACUAUCGCAAAUAUCCAUGAAUGAGCAAAUGAUGCUUGACGAACAGCCGAGCACGAGCAAGGCCGCUCGCGAAGCUCUGCAGCUUUCGAUUAGUCGGCAACAGAAGAUAAAGAAUCCAAAGAAGGUCAAACAAAAAAAAAACACCGCAGACGAUGCUGUAUUUAAAAAACCAAUCUUACCUGCACCAAGAGCUGGUAAACAUAAAUCUUUCAGGAUUAGAGAGUUAGAGAGUUUGCGAAUUAAAACAGGAGACCAGACGUUGGCAUCGCAGUACAGUGAUAAUGCUGAUAAAAGUGGAAUUCGCAGAUCAAAGCGUGGUCAGGUUCCGCUGCGCAACACCUGGGUUCAUAGCGUUAGUGAGCCCUUCAAGUUCACCUUCUUUGAGCGCGCGAUCACCGACACAAUUAGCCAAAAGCGCAAGCACAAGUCGUUACGAAAUCAAACCAAUUCGUUUACAAACGAAAGAACGCCACUUUGUAGCAGCACGCCCCUUAAUGAGAUUAAGCCUGUGAACCCGGGUCGCAGUUCAAGAGCACUUAAACGCAAACGAACAGCUGAGGAAGACUUUCGAGAAUCGGGCAUAUCGUUAUUGCCUGAAAUAGCUGAGGAAGAUGAGCUUCGACUAAAUAAAAGCAACUUAACAGCUAAACCACACAAAAGUCCCAAAAAGAAUUUAAGAAAUAUGGAAAGUGAGCUGAAAAGGUCUCUACGCCGAUCAUUCAUAGAAUCGGAAUCCGAUGUUGAAUCAGAAGAAGAAACGGAACCCGAAGCAGAAGCAGAAACAGAAACAGGAGCCGAAGCAGGACCUAUUGCAGAACCCAUACAAUUGCCUUUGCAAAUUGAGUCUGGAGGGGAACCGGCACCUGACCUGGCACUCAAUACCAGGUUGGAUGCGUCAAAAAUUGAACUCUUGAAGAUGGCAGACAGGUUACGCGGAGUUAACGAGGUAGUGGAGUCUGAUAAAAGUUCGGACAGUGACAUUGAGAACGAUGUAAUACGCUUUACGUCUGUGACUGACUUAAAGUUCUUAAAUUUGGAUGGCAUUGAAUACAGCUUUUAUAAGACGCAGGAAGCGUGGGGCAUGGGCUACAUGCGUUUCCAGCCGCUGCAAGAGCGCGGCAUGAAGCGCAACAAGUCUAACACUUUGCGUUUUCUUUCCCUCUAUGGAGAGUUUGUCAUUGAGGUAAAACAAGAGUCAGAAGACGGUCAGAAAUACGUCAUGAAAUCAGGUGAUUUCAUUGAGAUUAAUAUGGGCAGUCGUUUUAAUAUCACCAACAGUUUGAAUGAGGUCAGUUUGCUGAUUGUGAAUCGUAAGUGAAUUGUGAUGUAUGUUUAUAUUUACAUCAAUCCAUUCAUUACAACCCCCAUCUACACUAAGGAGAGACAACC